CGUCCAUUCGACUCCGCUCUCGUCUCUCGCCACUCGCUCCCCUCCCUCUCGAGUUCCUCCAGUUCGCCGUCUCCACCGGCUCGCCCUUGGCGCCGCGGUCUUCCGGGUGUUCGAGAGAGGUGCCUGCGCGUUCGUCCCCCCUGCCCCUGGUCGCCCGCGGGAGUGCGCGCGAGACCCUUUGAUCGAUCCCCUCUCCCCCAGUUCGUUUGUGUUUUCCCGAGGUUUAUCGGUGCGAAUUGCUUUGGUCGAUUUCGUCGCAUUGCGUUGUGGAUUUGAUUUCCAGUCGGGUUCGUGUUUCGUUGAUGUUGCAGGCGGUCGCUGCUCGCGCCGCGCGCGUGUGGCGGAGGACGGACGCGAUGGUUUCCUUCGACAUCAACGACCGCAAGAAGAUUGGGCUGGGCUUGACUGGGUUUGGAGUUCUCUUCUCGUUUCUUGGGAUCCUCAUGCUGUUUGACAAGGGGUUCUUGGCAAUGGGGAAUAUUCUCUUCGUGUCUGGUGUUUCACUAACCAUUGGCCUGAAGUCAACUGUACAGUUCUUCACCAAGCCUAAGAAUCACAAGGGUUCGAUUGCUUUUGGGAUCGGACUUUUCCUCGUCCUCAUUGGUUGGCCUGUCUUCGGAAUGAUGGCGGAAUCGUAUGGCUUUGCCGUGCUGUUCAGCGGCUUCUGGCCUACUGCUGCUGUUUACCUGCAAAAGAACCCCACCGUCGGCUGGAUUUUCCAGCACCCUUACGUGACUUCGUUGCUCACCCGGUUCAGAGGCAGACGAGUCCCCGUGUGAUCGCCGUGCUGUCAAAACAUUCCCAAAGGAUGCUAGAUCGCCCUGUAUAAAGUAGACGGACAUGUGUUCUCUUGCUCGUUUGUUGAUUCCUUGGUUCUGCUGGAUGUGAAUCUUGCUGCGCUGCUACGAGUGGAUUUUCUGCAGAUCUCUUGACUGCGUCUAGAAUUCUUUUUGUGCAAAAGCAUUUGUUAGUACCACGUGUUAAGGAGGCAAAGAGCUGAGCUCUUUUCUGAAUGAUGGCAUGUCUGAGAGAAUGGUGAAUUGGUCCGUGCAUGGUAUUUCCCACUGAUUCGAGCCCUCAAGGAAGCCAUUUCUUACUUGGUUUUUGUAAUAACAAUUAGACAUUUCUUGCUUAUGAACAGCCGAUUACAUCUCUGCUUAUUGCAUGAACAACAGUGCACAGCAUCUUUCGAAACUGUGUGUAAAUUUACAAAUUUGAAGGUCCUGAUGUUUAUAAGGGAAUGAACAAGGAAGCAGCGAGGCGUA